GCAACCCCCAACAAUGCUCAGGGAGAGGCUGAACGUAUAAAAAGGCAGAUCAACAGUUGUUGACUGCACUCUCCACUUACCCUGACAGACUCUACCAAGCUCCCAGACAACUGAAAAGAGAACUCUUCCAAAGAUCUUCCAGAGAUGGCAAAGGUUUUCAAGAAGACCAGUCGUAAUGGAGGGCUCUGCCUCUACCUGGGGAAGAGGGACUAUGUGGACAGCAUGACCAGUGUGGAAACAGUUGAGGGUGUUGUGUUGCUGGACCCAUCAACUCUUGGAGACAAGAAAGUGUUUGUGCAGCUGGCAUGUGCCUUCCGGUACGGUAAUGAAGACCUGGAUGCCGUAGGCCUGUGCUUUAGGAAGGACAUCUGGAUCCAUCAUAUUCAGAUCUACCCUGAGUCCCACAAGCCUACUCUGACCCCCAUGCACGAGACCCUGCUGAAGAAGGCUGGAGACAACGGAUACCCUUUCACUUUCGAUAUUCCCAAGAACCUGCCAUGCUCAAUCUCUCUGCAGCCUGGACCAGAUGACAAGGGGAAGGCUUGUGGUGUUGACUUUGAGGUAAAAACUUACCUUGCCAUGGAAAAGUGCAACCCUGAUGAGAAGAUUGAGAAGAAGGACUCAGCUCGCCUUAUCAUUCGUAAAAUCCAGUACGCCCCCUCUGAGGCGGGUGCUGGGCCGAAGGCGGACAUCUGCAAAAGCUUCAUGAUGUCGGACAAGCCUGUUCACCUGGAAGCUUCAUUGGAGAAAGAUCUCUACUAUCACGGUGAAGCAAUCCCAAUUAAAAUCAAAAUCAACAACGAGAGCAACAAAACAGUCAAGAAAUUCAAAAUCACUGUGGACCAAACCACAGAUAUUGUCCUCUACUCAGCAGACAAAUAUACCAAGGCUGUUCUGAACACGGAGUUUGGAGAGACAGUGGAGCCUGAAAGCACCUACGAAAAUACUCUGAGCAUCACCCCCCUGCUGACUGAAAACAAGGACAAAAGGGGACUUGCACUGGACGGACAACUGAAAGAGGAGGACACUAACUUGGCCUCCACCACUGUACUGGGACCGGGUGCAGAAAAAGAGGUGUUGGGAAUUUUAGUUUCCUACAAGAUUAAAAUUACCCUCAUGGUGGCAGGAGGAGGCCUGCUGGGCGGCCUUACUGCCAGCGAUGUCUCAGUGGAGGUGCCAGUAAAGCUCAUGCACCCCAAACCUGAAGAGUAAAGACCACUCAGCAGAGUGGAGGUUGAGAAGAAACCCACAGAAUGACAGGAAGACAACGAGGGGGCGUGACACAAGACAGAAAAGAAGAAGGAUGUGACUGGUGUGUGGUGAAUGAAUCAACAAUAACUGAGCAACUGAAGAGAACAACCUUUUCAACACACCGUAUGGAUACACGAACAGAUGUAACAUCAGACCCCUCACAGAUUGUGUUGGUCUUUUUGUUGUUUAACUACUCUAAUUUAGCUAUAGAAGAAGUAUUCAGACUGCAAAAUAGUAUCCAACAUUUAGAGACACAAUAUUCUUUUCACCUCACUUCAGAGUAUGAGGGAAAGAUGGAAACUCAUUUGAAACCCAUGAACACCACUGUUCUUUGGAUUGCAUUGGUACACUGAUCUAUUACUUUGACUUGCCCUUUUCUCUUUCUGAAAUGUAUCAGAUUAUGUUUUUGAUGUCAAGUUGAAUAACCCGUAAUACAAUAAAAUGUACUGUAAAAUCAGAA